ACCACAAAAAGACUGGAGUAGAGGAGAAAAGUUUGACCACAAUGUGGUUAACCUAAUGGCAUUGGCUGCUCUGUUGUGAUUGGCUGGAGACACAAACUCGAGGCUUUAUAAAGCAACUUGGGCGACAGUCUCAACAUCUGAACAAAGAAGAAGAGGAAGAUUUACGUCUGCUUUUGCUUCAUCAAUAAGUGUAUCCAGACACACAACUGUGACGCCAUGAAAGUGCUUGUGGUUUUCGUUCUGCUCUUUGGCGUGGCUCUCAGUCGACCGGCCAGAUCAUUCUCCAACAGCGAUUCAGACAGUUCAGAGGAAGUGAUGAGACGACCAACAUCUUCCCUCAGGAAAGGGACAUUAAUCCCUCAAACUCGUGGCGCUCUAGUGCAGACAUUCAGAGCGGGUGCCGACUCGGACGAGAGCACAGAGGACGAUCAGCAACAAGAGGCAGCUGCUGAUGAUUCAACCGAUGGAAACGCUAACACAAAUGCACCCUCAGAGACUGAUAGUGAAGACAGUGAGGACGACGACGAUACAGAAGAAGAAGAGAGUGAGGAAGCAGAGGAGGAGGAGGAGGAGGACUCCAGCAAUAGCUCAGAAUCUGGCGAGUCCACCACCGAUUCUCCAGCGACCCCUACUCCCAUCAUGGUCACGGAGGAGCCCCUUGCUGAGACUACCAUCGAGCCCAUCAUGCCCACGAUCAUUACUGACCCAGAUCAGGGGCGCGGAGACAGUCUGGGAGGUUACCCAAGUGACUACAAGUCCAUUGUCUACGCAGAAGACAAGUCCUACAACAAGAACCCAUCUCCUUACAAAUCGUAUGAGUACGUGGAGGAGGGCAAGAAGUCGGCCUACGACAUGACGCACGGCAAUGAGGUGGAGAAGUCCAUGAUGGUGUAUAAGGUACAGGCUGUGCAGGUCCACCCUGACUACCUGGAGGAAGACACAAGCACUCCAGAGGUGGACAGUCAGAGUCUGGACAACUCUGUUGGAACCCCAGAGGAGCUGGAACCCCGCCAGGCCUCACUCCCAGCAGAAGCGGAGGAGGCGACCGCCAGCAGCGACAGCGGCAGCUCAAGCACACCAGAAGAAGAGGAGGACAGUGCCAGUGCCAGCCAGGACGAUGAGGACGACGAGAGCCAGAGCAACGAAGAGUCUGAGCAAUCGGACGAAAGCGACGAGAGCGAGUCGGACGAGCAGGGAAUAGGACCCGACACCUCCACCGACAUGCCCGUCGUCAUCACAGCCAAAUAAACAAAGACUCAACACGUAGCACGGGACCUGCGCACCUCUGUUCUGCUGAUUUAAAAAGUUAUUCAAGUUUGAAAAAGAUUGUAUUUAUAUAAACAAUAAGAUCACAUGGUUCAGUCAACAUUGUUUUCAAGGCUGUCAACAGGGGAACAGACUCACUUCGGCUCCAUCUCUGUCAGUAAAGCACAAGCUCCAGUCAGAGACUGACAUUCAGCUCUUCCAAGCAAACGUAUUUUUCAAGUCAGAGCUAUGGCGUCAGAUUAUAUACACAUCCAUUUUGUUUGCACAUUUCCCCAAUUGUUAACGUGAUU